ACGCCCACAGACAGGAGAACCUCAUGAAUAUUCAUGUCAGUGUCACUCUGUGGAGCCAGUAAUAUUUCAGGAUAUACCUGUAGAUCACACAGGUGUGUUUUAGUGAAGUGAACGAGUCAAAGAGCUCAGAUUGUGUUCCUGCUGCACAAGAGCGUCUGUACUUCUGCAUCUGCAGUAUGGCAGAGGAGCGAGUAAAGGACUCUCUCUCAGAGAAACACAGUGUGAGAUCAGGAUCACGUGUGUACAGCUCUGUGUCUCUGAAGAGUGACCGGUCUAAAGAUGGUCCUCCUCCAAACCUCAGUGAGAAGACACCAUCAUCAGUCAAAAGUUUUGAAUACGAGUUCCCAGAUUCAAGAGACGAGACUCACAGAAGCCAAAAGAGUUUCACAGAUCUCUCGAAGAUCUUCCAGAAUCUUGAGAGUGAAAUGAUCAAGUUUCUGAAGAAAGAACUGCAAAAGUUUAAGAAAAUCUUACAAGAAGAAAACAAACACGAGUUUGUAAAGGAGUUUAAUGAGAACAGAAGCAGAAUCACAGAAGCAGCUCUUGAUCUCACACUCUUCUUCCUGAGAGAGAUGAAGCAAGAUCAAGCUGCUGAUACUCUCCAGGAUGAGCUGUUUUUCAUCAAUCAGCUUAAAUAUAGCCUGAAGAAGAAAUAUCAAAGUGUGUUUGAAGGAAUUGCUCAGCAAGGAGACUCCACACUUCUGAAUAACAUCUACACAGAUCUCUAUAUCACUCAGGGUGCGAGUGAACAGGUCAACACUGAACAUGAGAUCAGACAGAUUGAAGCUGCUUCCAGACGUCAUCAGUCACUAGAGAUACAAGUUGAAUGCAAACAUUUGUUUGAAGCAGCUGAACAAGACGAGCAGAUCAGAACUGUCCUGACAAAAGGAGUUGCUGGCAUCGGGAAAUCAGUCUCUGUGCAAAAGUUUGUUCUGGAUUGGGCUGAAGGGAAAGAAAAUCAAGACAUCAGCUUCAUAUUUCCUCUUCCAUUCAGAGAGAUGAACUUAAAGGAGAAAGAAAGACAAAGUUUAAAAGACCUCAUAACUCAGUUUUUCCCAGAGACUAAAGGACUGAACCUUACAAGAAGCACACGAUUCAAAGUCCUGUUCAUCCUUGAUGGAUUGGAUGAAUGUCGUCUUCCUCUGAACUUUGCUGGUAAUGAGACGUGUCGUGAUGUAUCUUCAGCAGUCUCUCUGGAUGUUCUCCUGACGAACCUCAUCAAGGGAAAUCUGCUUCCUUCUGCUCUCAUCUGGAUCACCAGCAGACCAGCAGCUGCCAGUAAGAUUCCUGCUGACUGUAUCGACCGGCUGACAGAGAUACGAGGAUUCAAUGAUGCCCAAAAGGAGGAGUACUUCAGAAAGAGACUCACAGAUCAGAAUCAGGCCAGAGAAAUCAUUGAUCACAUUAAACAGUCAAACAGUCUCUUUAUUAUGUGCCACAUCCCAGUCUUCUGCUGGAUUUCAGCCACUGUUCUCCAGAACAUUUUGAAGGAGAACAGAAAUACUGAACUGAAACACAGGGCUAAUGCUGAAACACUGCAGGAAUCUCCCAAGACUCUGACACAGAUGUACACACACUUUCUCCGCUUUCAGAUCCAGCAGAGCAGAAGAAAGUAUGAUGGAGAAAACACACCAGAUGUCUCCUGGGAUCCAAACCUCAUCCUUUCACUGGGGAAACUGGCCUUCCAGCAGCUGGAAAGAAACAAUGUGAUCUUCUAUGAGAGCGAUCUGAAAGACUGUGGCAUUGACGUCUAUAAGGCAUCGGUGUACUCAGGCAUGUGUACCCAGAUCUUUAAGGAGGAGACGGGGAUCAUUCUUGGUACCAUGUACUGCUUUCUUCACUUGAGCAUUCAGGAGUUCAUUGCAGCCCUUUAUCAACAUCUGUUUCUAGACAUCAACAAGAAACCUUUACCUAUUUUUAGAAAGAAAAGCAAAACUAAAUGUAUGAUUGAUUUGCUGAAGACUGCAGUGGACAAGGCUCUGGAAAGUGAGAAUGGACAUCUGGACCUUUACCUUCGCUUCCUUCUCGGUCUGUCACUCCAGUCCAAUCGACAACUCUUACGAGGCCUGUUGACACAGCAGGAUGACAGAGACCAGAGCAAAGAGGAAAUAAUUGCCUACAUCAAGCAGAAACUUGAAGGGAAUCUGUCUCCAGAGAGAUCCAUCAAUCUGUUCUACUGUCUGAAUGAACUGAAUGAUCAAACUCUGCUGAAAGAGAUUCAGUCUCACCUCAAUACAGGAAGUCUGUCAUCUGCUGACCUUUCACCUGCCCAGUGGUCUGCUCUGGUCUUUGUGUUGUUGACCUCAGAGGAGGAGCUGGAGGAGUUUGAGCUUCAGAAAUUCCAGAGAUCAGACGAGUGUCUCAUCAGACUAUCAGCAGUCAUCAAAUCCUCCAAAAGAGCUCAGCUACAGGGCUGUUAUCUCACUGUUCAGUGCUGUGAGAGUUUGUCUUCAGCUCUACAAUCCUCAAACUGUGUCCUGAGAGAGCUGGAGCUGAGUAACAAUGACCUGCAGGAUUCAGGAGUGAAGCUUCUCUCUGAUGGACUGAAGAGUCAACACUGUAAACUGGAGACACUGAGGUAAAUGAUUC